AUGACAAGGGGUGUCUCAAUUAACACUCUUCCAGUCGAGCUUCUCUACGAGAUACAGCUCUUUUCUGCAUCUCCCUCUCUCCCUCUGACAUCGAAGACGCUCUACAAAAUAUUCAGCGCAUCUCCGCCCUCCUAUCGCGCCCAAUAUCUCAUUGCAUCUAUCGAAACCGCACAAAUUAGGGAUGACUUGAUUCCCUCGAAACUAUUGCGGUACCCAAUUUGCACAGUGGACAUAUUAGAAACGUUGUUUCGAAUAUCAGACGAUAUUGUACCUUUAACCUGGAUACCGGAACUUCCGAGACGCCUCUUUCGUUCGCUCACGGCCAAGUCGCGCGCAAAGACGCCUUUGUGGACAGAUCAAGACCAUCCGCUUCCCUUCCUGAAAUAUUUGUUCACUUGUCCGAAAAUCCGUCCCCCAGACGUCAACUCGCAUGAUGGCUACGCCCUGACGAAAGCUGUCCAGGCGGGCUUCGUGCCUCUAGUUCACUUUCUUCUUGAUCAUGGCGCUUCCCCUCGCUGCAAAAAUAACAUAUCGAUCCUUGUCGCUAUUUACCGCAAGGAUCUCUCGCUCGUACGACUGCUCGUGGAAAGAGUGGAUUGCCGGGAGUGUGGUCCAGGGGCAUUGAAGCAGAAGGAGAAGAGGCAAAAAUUGGAGGAUCGAGUGCAAGUAACACCCGAAAUGCUCAAGGUUGCGGUGAAACUCGAUGCGCGGGAUAUUGUGGAAUAUUUUAUGGAAGAAAAAGAAUGUGUGCCCGAUUUGCAGACUCUACAAAUAAUGCGAUGA